AUGCGAUUCUUUGCCAUUCUUCUUGUACCAAUUGUCAUUGCCGAAAUCUGCCCCAUGGACAACCAUGCUGUCUGUAAUUCUGGACACUUGACAUGCACUUGUUCUGUAGCUCAAGUUGAUGCGAGUUUUUUGUCAAAUUAUUAAACGACACUUUUUAGUAUUAAUAUAGUUUCUAAAAAAUUUUCAGGAAAAUCCAGUGCCGGUGGUAUCAUGUAAUUCAUUGAUUGCUAGAGACUUGGAGACAGGAAACUUCCCCGUUGUAUCUGUAGAAUUCGAUCUGAACAACUCCGCGGAAGCCCUCGAAGAGUUCCCAGAGGAUGCUUUCAAAGAAAAAAUAUCUUCUUCUCUUCGCGUUGAAGAGGUUUGCAAAAAACGUUGAAUCGUUCGAGUUGAAUUUUUUCAGGAAGAUAUCGUGAUUCUUCGUACAAGCUGUCUUGGAACAGAAGACAAAUUGACUGUUCAGUUCGUUAUUCAGAAGAAGGUGAGAUACACGGACUGUUCGACUUAAAGCUCAUUUUUCAGGAUACCAAUUCCACCGUGCUUCCAUUUGAAAUCGACCAAUUGAUUGAUGCCGAGUCCAUUGCUACUAGAAUGAAGGCCAUGGGUCAUCUUUCUCAGAUUGCUAACCUCGACGUCGACACCAUAGAAUACGUAUGUACAGAAGGAGCUUCGUACAAUUUUUUCUUUUGAACAGUAUCACAGAAGAAAAAUCGAAAACUCGAACUUGUUUCCAGAAAUGCAGAUAUCAGAUUUUUUCUAGUUUUCAAACUCACAUUGACUAGCCUUUUUGUUUUACUUUUCGGGAGCUUCUGUCUUCUCAGCAGCGGAGGAGAAUAGAAGCUACUACCCCAAUCACGUGAUUGACUUGAAACCGAUUCGAAAAUAUGUUUUGUAUGUUGCUCAAUUUUGUUUUGGCAGUGAAGAGAUCCCCCACUCACUCAUUUGCACUCAAAUGCGUCGUAACAAUCACAUGUUAGUAUUGGAGCAGCUGGUCGAUUCUCUCUUUUUCUUCUUCUUUUCAAAAAACAAACGUUCAUUAUCAACUGACGUAAUAUUAAAUUUCUAGAGUGCAAAAAAACACAAAAGUACAUACAAAUUGGAAUUUGGGAGUAGACUUGAGAACUUUUAGAACGUGUUUCUGUUGUUUUUGUAGACAAUAUUGAAUACCUUCCAAAAAACUAGUUUCUGAUGACGUCAGAAAGUUACAGACCGAUGAACUUGUUGACUUGGAAUUCGACCCCAGUAACGUAGAACUCAUCUUCAAGGCUGUUCUCCUUGGCCUCGUUUUUGGAUUCUUCUUUGUGCUCGGAGUUUGGAGACUGACCAAGAAGGGUGACGACUAUGCCGACGACCUCCAGAAAGCUUAA